AUGGAGAAAUUCAACAAUUAAUAAAUUUUAGAAAAGUAUCAUAAUUUUAGCUAGCUAGGACAAGGCGCAGUAAGUGCUAUAUAUUAUGCAGAAAAUAAAUAAACUGGCUAGCCAGUAGCAAUCAAAGUCGUUACUAAACAAAAGGUAGCAAAUGAUAAGUAAGAAAACUAUUAUUAUUAGCAAGAAUUAGAAAUCACUAAGGCUAUUAUAGCAAAAGGUAAAAAUGAAAAUAUAGUAAAUAUAUUAGAGCUUAUUGAAGGUAGCAGUGAAUAUUUUAUUGUGACUGAGUACUACAAAGAUGGAGAUUUAUUUAAUCUUUUAGAGAGAUUUUCAUUUAAAUUUUCACCAGACAUUGCUAUAUCUUUCUGUAUUUCUAUAGCAAAUGGAUUAAGUUUCCUCCAUUCAUCAAAGAUAUGCCAUCGAGACUUAAAACCUGAAAAUAUUUUAAUUGCAAAAUAAGCAGAUGAAUCUUAUUUAAUUAAAAUUGCAGACUUUGGAAUUAGCAAAAUGGCAGAAGAUAUGAUGAAAUCAACAAUUGGUACAAUAACAUACAUGGCUCCAGAAAUUUUGAAAUGUUAGGAAUAUGAUUAAAAGGUAGAUAUUUGGAGUUUUGGCUGUCUUAUUUACGAAAUAUUUACUGGUGAGUAGCUUUUUGGAGGAAAUUCACUCAAAGAAGUAGCUCUUAAAAUAACAGGAUUUUAAGAAGAUACUUUAAACAAAAUACCAGAAAGCAAAAUCCCAAAAUCUGUAACAUAAAUAAUAAAAAAAUGCUUAAAAAGAUAACCUGCUAUGAGAAUUUCUUUAGAUUAAAUAAUCAAGGAUUUGUUGUAGGCUAAAACAGAAAUGAAAAUUAAUAUGACUCAAAGUAUAUUAGUUCAAUCAGAAGAAGAUAGCACAUAAAAUUGUUCAAAUUUAUAUAAAGAGAUAUCUGAAUAAUAGAAAGAAGUGGUUGGGGCUACGUCUCAUCCUUCUUAAAUUAUAUUUACUGAUAAUCUUAAUAAUAGUUUUGAUAACUAUAGUCAUGAUAUUGAUGAUACUUAAUCAAAAGAAAAAGAAUCAAAUGAAAAUAUGUUGUUAAAAGAGUUAUCUCUCUAGAUUACUAAAGCUGAAAGCUAAAAAGAGGAAAAUAAUUAAACAUUAGAUGAAGCAUACUAUAUCACACCAAAGAACAAUAACUUAUCAAAUUAAAAUUUUUAACAAAGUGAAGAUAAAAACUAAUAGAUAAAGCUAAAGUUAUUAGAUGAGGAGUAGAAAAAUAAAAAAAUGUUGGAAAAAGAAAAAAAUAAUUAUAAUUUAAAAAUCUAGUAAAAAGUCGAGUUAAAUUAAUAUUAAUAAAAGUUAACUUAAAAUUAUGAUUAAAUAUCUACUUAAAGUGAUAUUGAGCAAAGCAUAGUUUUAGAAAAAAAAUCAAACCCUAAUUUUUUAAAUAAUAAAUUAUAAAUGAAUUUAACCCCAUAACCAGUCAAAUCUAAUUUAGACAUAAAUUACAAUUAUCCCUAUUCUGAUCAUAAACCGUAUGAAUAUAAAAAUAAUAACUCCAACAAUUAAUUGUAUUCUCAAACCCCAAAUAUAACUCCUUUUUAUUAAGCUUAAAGCAAUUUAAGCUCAAAUGAAACUAAGUUUGGUUCUAUUAUAAGUUCUCCUUAUUCAACUAAUUAAUAUAGUACUUAAUUUAAUACUCCAUAAUCUAAUUAAUAAUAUUAUAGCAAUUUAACAGCAAAUUCUAUUUAACCACAAAAACAAAUAAGCAAUACAUUUUAGCAAAAUUAAUAAAUCUCUCCAAAAAUUAUUGUACUUAACGAACCAAAAUACCCUUACUAAGUUAGCCCCUUAGUUUAUAAUUAAUAAGAUUUUACAUAAAAAAGUAAAUUACAGCAAUCUCCUUCCUAUAUCGAUACAAAUUUUUAAGAUUAAGUAUCUAAGAAUAACUAAUCCAAAGAUAUUUAAAGUAUUUUUAAGCUCUUUAAUAGUAGCUCAUAAUCAACAGAAUAAAAAAUAAAAUAAAAAAUUGAAAUCAAGAUAAAUUAUGAUCUCAAUGAUUAUGAAAAACAAAGUAUUUUCAGAGAACUUGAUAGUUAUGCCUCUGAUCCAUAAUUUAAUUAUAAUAAUACAUAAUCAGUAUAUUAAUUCAAAGAAGAAUUCUUUUAGGAUUUAUAGCUCAAAUUACCAUGUGUUUAAAUUUAAAAUAGUGCAGAUAUUAAUAUAUUAGAGUUUUUAAGUUUUAUUUACUCAAGUUUCGAAUAGUAAUAAAAAGAUAAGAAAGAAACCCCUCUCCAUAAAUUUAUUGGAUUAAUCUAUAAGAAUUAAGAUUAUUACAUUUAAUUUUCACCUUUUAUUAAGGAAAAUUAAAAAGACCUUAAAGCAUUUUUGAAAUCUUUGUAUGGCAUCCUAAAAAUGGAAAAUAACUUGAGCAAUAUUUAAAGAUAUGACAAAUUAUAUUAAUAUACACUAAAUUCAAAAUUUUAAGGUUUUUUAGGAGUGUUUGGUUCUUUAUUGUAGAUGUUCAAAGAUAAAUAAUAAACUGAGUUUUUAUAUGCAAAACAUGAUAAACCCAAAAUAUAAGAAUACACUCAUCAAAAAAAACCUUUCAAAUUAGAAAUUAAUGACAAAAGGUAUUUCGUUCAUUUUAUUAAUACAAACGAGUCUUGA